UAAUGUCCUGGUCAGUCAUAGGACCGUGUGGGCCACAGAAAGGAAACUCCAGGAAGAGGCACUGGAUUACUGGACAAAUCCCAUCAAUUUCCCAAUGAGUUUUAUAUUGUUUAUUUUACUAUCUGGGGUUUUUUCCUCAGAGAGUAACACUUUGAAGCCCACUAAUGCAGCGUUACCCAGUAUGUUGCCUUUAGAGGAAGAUGAACAUCACGGGGAAGAUGGUGGUGCUCCUGCUAAUGAGAAAACUGGCAAUUAUUUCAGAGAUAUAAAACAAUAUGUGUUGACGACACAAAAUCCUAAUGGCACUGAGUCUGAAAUAUCCGUGAGUGCAACAACCGAUCUGAAAUUUUCUCUAAAAAACUUUAAACUCCUCAAUGCUUCUGGAAAACCUGAAGAAGAAACUCAAGUACCCUCUCAUAAAAACAUUCAAAAAACAACCCCAAAUGUGCCUGCAUUUUGGACAAUGUUAGCUAAAGCUAUAAAUGGAACAACGGGGAUGGACGAUAAAGAUCAAUUAUUCCACCCAAUUCCAAAUUCUGAUUUGAAUGCCACAACCCCAAACAAGCGGCCAGAUCUAGAGGAUCUUAAGAUCAAAUUAAUGCUGGGCAUCUCGUUGAUGACCCUCAUCCUUUUUGUGGUCCUCUGCGCAUUCUGUGCUGCCACACUGUACAAACUGAAGCAGCUCAGUUAUAGAAGUUGUAGUAGUCAAUACUACUCCGUCAACCCAGAGCUGGCCACUAUGUCUUACUUUCAUCCAUCAGAAGGUGUAUCAGAUACAUCUUUUUCUAAGAGUGCAGAGAGCAGCACAUAUUGGGGCAAUAAUUCUACAGAUAUGAGAACAUCAAAAUCUAAAACUACAACAGAUAUCAUUUCCACAGGCUCAGAAGAUACAGGCAUGAAUGAUGAGUUAGAGAACUAUGAGAAUCCAAAUUAAAUCUACAAAUAGAGGACUUUAA